CUACAUCAUCUACUACUACUACAACAACAGCUGCUCCAAGCAUCCUAGCCUCCAUAAACCUGCCUUACAUGAUAGCCGAGCUUGUCAUAGCCAUUCUCUCCACUGUGGGCAACCUGCUAGUUUGUGUUGCAGUGGGACUAAACAGGAAACUCCAAACAGUUACCAACUACUUCUUGGUGUCGUUAGCGGUGGCGGAUAUCUGUGUGGGUUCCUUGGCGAUCCCUUGUGCCAUCAUGACAGACCUGGGCAUUCCACGGCACAAUCUAUAUCUGUGUUUGCUAAUGUUGUCCGUGCUCAUCAUGUUAACCCAGAGCUCCAUUUUCAGCCUGCUGGCGGUCGCCGUCGAGCGUUACAUUGCAAUCUUCAUGCCCUUCCAGUACCACAGACUCAUGACACCUCGCAACGCAGUGCUAGUCUUGUGUUUCACUUGGACUCUGGCCUUCCUGAUCGGUCUGGUGCCGCUGAUGGGUUGGCACAAGCCUGCACCUGAGUCUGGGUACUGUUUUUUUGUGUUAGUGGUGGAUAUGACCUACAUGGUGUACUUCAACUUCUUCGCCUGUGUCCUAACCCCGCUGGUGGUGAUGUUCCUCAUCUACGCACAGAUUUUCGUCACGGUCAAACGUCAGAUGAGAAGGAUCGCGGCCGAGCGGGGCGGCGCGGGCAACACGGAGGGAACGGCCAAGAUGAAGAAAGAGAUGAAAAUGGCCACUUCGCUCUUUCUGGUCCUCUUCCUUUUCACAUCCUGCUGGAUUCCGCUACAUAUCAUAAACUGCUUCCUGUUGCUGUGUCCGUCAUGUCCCGUACCUCUACCGUUGCUGCUAACAGCUAUUAUUCUCUCCCAUGCAAACUCGGCUGUUAACCCUUUCCUCUACGCGUACAAAAUGAAAACCUUCAGAAACGCCUUCAAGGCAAUUUUCCUGUGCUGCAGGGGCAUUGGUGAUGGUGACGAGCAGCAUGAUGAUGGAGGAGGCAAUGCUCAAAGAUCCUGA